AUGGUGGCCGAGAUACAGCUUGCCGAAAAGGUAAUGAAGUCUGAAUGCCAGUGGCGGGAAUUUGCCCAUUUCUGGACCUACGAAAUCUUGGGCGGAAUUUCUCGAUCCAUUCAUCAAGUUGGGCAGAGAACUCGGGAAAGUCGAUGGCUCGGGACUCUGUGCGGAUUGAGCAACGAGGCGCAGGUCGUGGUCGCUGCACGCCUCGCUUUCCAAGUACUCGUCUCUUCUUUCAAGAACGUCAAGGUGCAGGGAAAGAAGGCAUUCCCGGUUAUUCAGAAUGGCUUGGUGCUGGUCGCUCAUAAAGAUGCCAUACCACAAUCUUACGCGAUCCCGAGACUCGGCCUGAUCAAUACUGCUGUUGCUGGGACUCAAGGGAUUAUUCGAAUUCGCAUCGAUAGCCUUGACGAUGUACCUAUGAAGCCUUACAUCGCCAGCACGCCGAACGGCAUCACAUAA